UGAUGACAGUUCUGUAGCUCUAUUUUGAGCACUUAAUGUGUGGUUUUGUUUUCACGUUGUCACUCAUCCUAGUUAAGGUGAGCUUAUUAAAACGCUCUACUCUUCUGCUGGUUUGAGUAAUCUACCGAAUGGCAGAAUGAUAUUUGGAUCAGUUUUUCCGCUGGUUUCACGCUGCAGUUAUUGUGAUGUCGGCUGUUCCUCUAAUCUUGUUGGUGAUUUCUUUAGUGCUAAAUGUAGGGCCCUCGUUCUCUUCUUGCACUACCAGUGUGAGUGUUCAGGAUUUAGGCUGCCACAUGCACUGGAGCUGUUCUGAUGUCACCGCCACCACGUCUUUCACUGUCCAGACAAAGAUUCAAGGGGCAGAGUGGCAGAAUGUCUCUCACUGUGUCCAGAUCUCCUCCAAUAGUUGUGAUCUGUCUCAGGUCUUCAGGGACUUUGAUCUCUACAAUUUUGUCAUGCUGGGACUGAACCAGGGACAUGGAAAAAUUAACUGGACCUCACCACAGCUUUGUGACCCAGUCAAUCACCCAAAUGCGAGUUUUAGCCCCCCCUCUGUGUCCCUCUCUCUGAAGGAGCAACAGCUCUGGGUGGAGGUGAGCUUUCCAUGUGCUGUCUGUACGGCUAUGAACCAGGAGGAGGAUGAGGAGGGUGAUGAAGAGGAUAUCCCAACCUGCUGUCCCCUCACUGACUUCCUGCUGCUGAACACCACAGUGACUCUUUAUAAUAAACAUGAUAUGAAUGAUAUUCAGACUCUCACUGAGAAGGUGGAUGGUAGUCCGUGGAAGGCGCAGUUUGCUGGGCUCGUUCCAGGUCGGGAGUACUGCGUUGUGGCCCACUUUGCCUCCUCUCCCCUCUCUAACCCACAGUGUAUCCACGUCCCACUGCUGGAAAAUCCACACCUUUUUGUCCUGGCCCUGUGUGGUGUCUUCAUUGCACUUCUUCUCGUUGUGGGGUUUGUGCUGAAGAGAUGGAGGUGUUGGUGUGCUUCAACAGACCUCAGACUCCCUAAAUCUCUGAUGUCUCUUCAGAGUCAGGAUCAGGAGGGUUCUGUUGUGGAUGAACCCAGACAGGCAGCCUUUGAAGAAGAGGAGUCUAUUGUCCAUCUCUCCAUCAUCUCCUUUAACAACAUGCUUUCUUCUGACUCUCACUUGGUUUAUCCACACUUGCAGAGUCUUGGGGACAGAUAUUAUACCACAGCCUUUCUGCAAGACCGGUUUUGUGAUGGAAAUGAGGACACAGAUUACCACUCCAGAGAUGCUGAAACUGGUGGUGUUGCAUCUCCAGCUUACUAUCAAUGGCCACGUUGGUCAUCACUUCCUGCUCUCAGAACAGGGAUGGUGUGUUUGUUGGGGAACGUUCUUCCUUUAGAGGGCUCAGGGAUUCCUUUAAGCUCAGUCAGAGUAGCUGGAGCACAGAUAGCCAAGACUGAGUCAGAUCAGUCUUCUCCAAUCCUGUAUAGUGAUGGGGAUUAAUCUUCAGAUAUCUGUUGACUUAAUCCAAGCUGUUUCUCAGCCCAGCCAAUCUAUUUGUGUGUUUUCUUUGUUUUUUUUUUAACCCAUUUCCAAUUUCUGAUGUGUAUGGAAAGGUGACUGCCCAGAUAUGCGUCUUCCAAGAUCCCUGAAGCCUAACUGCCCUAUUCUGUAUACAUGAGCUAGCAGAUGCUCGUGAUUGGCUAGUGUUGCUCUGAUUGCUAUGCUUCCAAAGCAGGGCACGGAAUGAUUUCACAGUUAGCUGUUGAUAAAAACUUUCUAUUCUGUUUUUCUUUCUGUUUGUUUGGUAAAAACUGUCAAAAUAAUUCCUCAGGAAUUUCAGAUGGUCCCCACUUUUGUUCUUUCCAUAACCAAGCUAUGAAUAAGACCUGUUACUAGUUUUUUAAAAAAGAGCAAAAUAUGGAGAGUUGGGGGUAGUAAUGUUCAUGUAUGCAACACAGGUCAUCUCUGCAACAACCUCUUUAUUUCUGUCUUGAAGUUAAUCAGACAAAAAUGCAGCUUGUCAUUUUACCCAGAAACCAGAAAGCGUAAACUGCUCUGAUCUUAUUAAUGCUGUCAGUGUUUAAGGUACAUAUGGAACUUACUACGUAUGUUUGUUACAUAUGGAAUCAUUUUAUGUCACCUCAGUACUAUACUGUAUUUUAUGUAUAAAUAAAUCAGAAGGAAAGGCCGUCAAUCUGUUGAUGAUGUUAACGCAAUCCAGAAUUGGUGCUGAUUUUGGGAUACACCCACACAGCAGUGUGACUCAUUUCAGUAGGCAGUCAUAAAUCCUUAACUAUUGGUUUUACCCCCUGUGGACUCCCUUCUGCUCAAAUAUGAAGGGGUGGUGGUGGUGGUGGUGGUGGUGAUGUGGUGGGCAGUAUGCAGGGGGGGUGAUGGGGGAAGGGGAUGACAGGAGUGACAGCCUGCUAUAGCUUUUUUUUUUUUUUUUCCCCUUCACUGACUCAUUGUUGCCUGUCUUGGCUCAGUUUUUCAUGGCCAACACAAUGCACUGCUUUACCAGGCACUUUAUGCUGAUGCUGGUAUAUUUCUGUAAGUAUUGCAAACCAAAAUUAGGCCCUAAGGAGCAGUGCUGACUUUUAAGUCCUGUUACUGAGUACAGCUUUAAACUUUCACCCUUUAGUCUUCUUGCGUUUAAGCUGAGGUCUGUUUGAUUUAUACCAGGUAGACCAGUGGAAAGAAGUACCGCGUUUUCACUGAGCUGUAAUUUGACAGUAGGGGUUU